AGGAGAGAUAGGCCGGUUCAUAAUGUAAGGCUUGUCGUUGUUGGUACUCGAACGCCCGGCAAUGCUCGAACUUUGCUCCUUUCUCGAAAUUUUUCGGAUCCAGUGGCUCACAUUCACCAGAGCAAGUCCUUGGAUAGCAGAGGAACGAGAUAUGUCGGAUGUCAAUGAGUGA